UCAUGCGUCUCAAAAUUUGUGCAAGAUGACGAACUAGUCGGAUUCAACGAUCUCUCCAAACUAGUAGCUCCAUAGCCGCCGGAAAAUCACCAUUAACACCGCUAUUUUCGUCGAUUGCCGCCACGAUAUUCCCAUUUCCGCAGCAGAGUAGAAUCGCGACAUUGCAGUGUUUUCAGUUUGAAGGUUGGGCUAAGCAUAUGGAUUAAGUACCAACACGGCAAUGCAUAGAGUCCGUCGGCUCAAUCCAUGGAAACAGUGUAAAACCAGAUGUAAGUUUGUGCAACUAUGCCUUCCCUACACCUUAAAGGUAAAUUUGCACGUUUCCUUCUUCUCAAGCUACACUGAUAUAUGAGCAUUGCAGUGUGCCAGUGUGGUCAAAUUUACCCUUGAUACUUUAUCAUGUGCCAUUGUCAGUUGUAGAGUCUGCAACUCCAUAUUUACUUGAAUGAAUGCUUUGUAUACGACUAUAUGAACACUAAACAGUGAUCUAGUGGCAUUAAAUAUCUAGUCCCUUUGAAAUGAAACAUCCCAAGUGGGAGGAGUGCAUAAUCUUAUAUCUACCAUUAGCAACAAUAUCUUAAUUUUUUUUAAAGUUAUUGCUUCGUUGACAAUGUAUAGCUGGUCUUAGCAGAGUUAAACCAGCAAACGGCUGCCUCAACUAUUGAAGUCAUAUAACCCUAAACCACAUACACAAUAUGCCACAACAAUCGAUGUUGGAGGCUGCACAUGAAAUUGCCAUUUAUGUUCACAGAUUUCACAAUCUUGAUCUAUUCCAGCAGGGAUGGUAUCAAAUAAAGAUAACAUCGAAAUGGGAAGAUGGCGAUUAUGGAACUCCAUCAAGAGUUUUUCAGUAUGAAGUUCCUGAGUUGGGUUCCGAAUAUGUAUGUGGAAUGUGGAGGGUUGAUGAAACUGAUUUCUUCACACAGCCUUUUCGGAUCAGAUAUGCAAGGCAGGAUGUAUUUCUAUCAGUGAUGGUCUGUUUCAAUUUACCCAUCACCAAACAUGUGGGUCCAUCCUCACCGUCUGUUAUUUUGAAAUUUGAGCUUUUUUAUGCCCCUAUUUUGGAGAAGGGGUUUAACUUACAGGACUCAUUUGACACAUGCCCUGCUGCAGUUCAUGAAUUUCGGCUUCCCCCAGAGGCUCUUUUGGGGCUGCAUUCUUUUUGCCCAGUUCAUUUUGACACUUUCCAUGCCAUACUUCUUGAUGUAAGUGUACACAUCAGCCUGUUGCAAGGUAGUGCUGGUGCCUCGGGAAAUGUUCCAAGUGAUUCUUUCGUUGAAGAUGUUUUUAUUGAGGAUCAUGAUAGUUCCACAAAAUAGACUUCUUGCAGAAGUACAAAAAAUGAGCAAUGCGAUCAAUCAAAAUAUUGAUAUAAAUGAUUUUCACUGCGCGCUUGAGGAUAACGGACCUAGUGUAGGUUCUGCCUCAGAUAAUCUUGACGUUUCAGUAGAAAUGCCUAUCAACAAACAAAGUGAUCCUGAGAAAUGCGUGGGUGUAUCUAAUCUUCGAGAUGAAGUUCUUGAUUCUCUAUCCAAGGACGAGCUACUUUCUUUGUUUCAUUCAUUUGGCAACCGGGUACUUUACUUAUGGGGUAUAUUUCAGAAAUUUCACAGAGAUCACAAAACAUUAAUUCUGGGUUUUCUUAGAGAACAAUGGGCUCUUGAUCGAAGAUCUGAAUGGUCAAUAUGGAUGUUGUAUUCUGAAUUUGAAAAGCCUCACCAAUUCAUAACUAGUGAAGUUGACUGUUCAUCCUAUCAUGGAACCUUUGGGAGACCACCUGCUCUGCAAAUGCUAACUGCGGAUGUAAUUGGAUUGUAACUGUAUUCUUAUUAUACAUUUAUAGCUAUGGUUAGGGAUAAUUCAUUUGGAUCCCUCGAAGAUCUUUUGAUCAACAGAUUUACAAUGUGAUUAUGGGACCCUUCAGUUUCCUUAACCAUUUUCUCAUAGUCCAUCAUAUUAAAAAUGCCUUGGAUGCAUGUCAUAUUUCCUAAAGAGCAGAGUAGGUUAUACAACUCUCUGUUUUGUCUGAGGAUAUGUGAUUGUAUUUCUUAAAAUAAGGUGUUCCAAGUGAUAGUAUCCCUUUUUAUGUCUGCUGUAAUUUUUCUUCUUGCAUCUACCCUGAACAGCCUGUCCAAACUGCCACAAAGCGUGCCGAGCUUCACAGGCAAAGUAUUUCCCAAAUGAGGAUUACUAGUUGCUCCAUUCAAGAUAUGCAAAUAUUUGGAGAUCUGUUACGCACCCCAAUUGUGAUUGUAGAACGUUUUCUGAUAUUGCCAUUUCCCUUAAGUAAUGGAAAUUCUUACACCAGCAAUCCGGACCAGAAAGACACUGAUAUCAAGCUUUCUCAGGUUGGCUCCAAACCCAUUAAGAAGCCUGGAAGCCUUGGUCGAAGUGGUCAUGUUCUAAAAAUUGUCGUGUUUGUCCAUGGAUUCCAGGGGCAUCAUUUGGACUUGAGGCUUAUUAGAAAUCAAUGGCUCUUGAUAGAACCUAAGAUACACUUUCUUAUGUCGGAGGCUAAUGAAGAAAAAACUUCUGGAGACUUCAGGGAAAUGGGAUUAAGGCUGGCUCAAGAAGUAACUUCUUACCUUAAAAAGAAGUUGGACAAGGUGACAAGAUCUGGAAAUUUAGAAAGCAUUAAGCUUAGCUUUGUUGGGCAUUCCAUUGGAAAUAUCAUAAUAAGAGCCGCAUUAACUGAGAGCAUUAUGGAACCGUAUCUCAGAUAUCUGUAUACAUAUGUUUCUGUUUCGGGCCCGCACCUUGGUUAUCUAUACAGUUCCAAUUCUUUGUUCAAUUCUGGGUUGUGGGUUUUGAAGAAGCUCAAAGGAACACAGUGUAUCCACCAGCUUACCUUUUCAGACGAUCCCGAUAUAAAAAACACAUUUCUGUAUAAGCUCUGUCAGCAAAAGACGCUGGAAAGCUUCAAGAAUAUUAUUCUGUUAGCAUCUCCUCAGGAUGGUUAUGUUCCAUACCAUUCUGCUAGGAUUGAGAUGUGCCAAGCAUCAUCAAUCGACAAUACGAGGAAGGGAAUACUAUUUAUGGAUAUGCUAAAUAAUUGCCUUGACCAAAUGUAUGCUCCCCCAUCAUCAUCAUCAUCAUCAUCACGCGAGCAGCAUUGUCGGGUUGUCAUGCGAUGCGAUGUUUGUUUUGAUAUGUCGUUGCAAGGCCGGAACCUGGAUACCGUUAUAGGAAGGGCUGCGCAUAUUGAGUUUUUGGAGUCUGAUAUCUAUGCCAAGUUCAUAAUGUGGUCAUUUCCCGAGUUGUUCCGUNUCUAUGACUGGAACUACCUUACCCUUGAUUGGACUGAUAAACAAGAGAUGGAUUAUUCAUUUUCAAAGGUUUAUGGUGAAUACCAGUACAUAAGAAGUACUACUUCAUAUAUAUGACAGUAGCCUUUUUUGAAUGAAAAGGAAAAAAUAGUCAUUUCGUGUACUCCCCCCAUUGAUUUUCCCAUUAUGUGUUACAAGGUUUGACCGAUUUUUUUUCCAAUUUAAUUUAUAUGAUAGGUCUAAAAUUUUAAAACAAAUUUUUUAAUUGUAACAAGUAAAACUCCAUGAAAAGUUUCGAAUGCAAAACAAGUUGUAACAAGACUAUUAUUUUAUGAAAUAAAAUAGGUAAUAAAAAUAAGUAAACAAAGUGAAUAGUA